AACCCCUAGUACUGCCAAAACAAAAAGUCAUUUGAGAUAAUUCAUGAAAUUGGUAGGGGUGUUUAUCCUACCAGAGACAAGAUUUAUUAUAAUGCUGCUAUAAUAAGAGAAUGACAGUGGCAAAAAAAAAAAAGAUAGGCCAGUAGUGGAAUACAAUAGAUACCCUAAAAUUAUAUUCACACUAUAGAGAAACUUGGAUUUGUGACAGAUGCGACAUUGCAGAUCAGUGAGGAGGGAAAAGUGCAAGAUGUGAAAGAAAAUAGUGAUAAAGCUACCAUUAUUAUAAUCUUGCUGUUCAUCAAAAAUUAUCCUAAACAUGAGCCAUACAAUGAGAUGAUAACCUACAUAAGCAACGUACAAUUAGUACCCAGAUAGCUUACUUUUUUUUUUUUUUUAAGAUAGCUGGGUUUACCACUUAUCUUUAACUUAAUAUCUGUAGUUACUGGCUAUUAGAAUUAUUUUGGGACUCCAAACCUUAUCUGUAAGGCUUGAUUAGUCCUGCAAAUUUGAAGUGAAUCUGACUAGGGGACAAGCACUUGCUUAUUAGCAUGUACAAGACUCUGGGUUUAAUUCUAAGUACCACACACCCCAAAAUGAACAAAACCAUAAAGUAAAUGAUUACAGCAACCUUUCUGGGUUACUGAGCCUCAAACUCGGUCAUCUAUAAAAUUCACUUCAGCUCAAACCUUGAAAGGACUUAGUAAAUGUCUGAGUACCAUAUCCUUAUAAACACACUGUCUUUUGUCUUUCUUUCUUUCUUGGUGAUGUUUGUUUUUCAACCCAUGACUGAGGCCCUUAGCACUUGGGUAGGGGUUAGCUCCUCAUAUCACCGUUAGUAGAGUUUCUGAUAGCAAUCUUGUGCUCUAUCCAAAGUUGAUCUCAUACCAUUCUCAGAUAGCUAGCUACUUUCUUACUCAGUGUACUGUGACUGGGAGUUUCCACCUCCCAGACCAGUGAACCAAGUUGUUACAACCCAGACAACCUAAUCAUUAAACUUUCAACUUCAUCUUCAUUUAUAUUUUCCAAGAGAAGUUUUGUUCCCAAAUUAAGGUGUUUCCACAAUUACUUUCGGUACUUGUGAUUGAAGGCACUGGUCUGCAGCACGUUCUGACGUGCUGGGCUUGUGGCUUUGUCUUCUGUAGAAGGCACAGUCCAUGUAAGACAAUACCAAACAUAAAUUUUGGUUAGUAAUAGUUUUCAAGUCUGUUUUUUUCCCACCUGAUAGAAGUUGCUGCAUCUUUUCCAAACAGGUUCUCUAAUGAUCUUGCUUCACCAUGGCUACAAAUAUGGCGGGGCUGGUUCAGCACAGAGUGGGGACCCGGCAGGUGGCUGAGGUACCACAUACACAGACCCUUCGGCCGGAAUCUCCAGGGAUGACCAGCCCCUCCCCACGCAUCCAGAUAAUCUCCACCGACUCUGCAGUAGCCUCACCUCAGCGCAUUCAGAUUGUGACAGACCAGCAGACGGGACAGAAGAUCCAGAUAGUCACCGCAGUGGAUGCCUCCGGGUCUUCCAAACAGCAGUUCAUCCUGACCAGCCCAGAUGGAGCUGGCACUGGGAAGGUGAUCCUGGCUUCUCCGGAGACGUCCAGUGCCAAGCAGCUCAUAUUCACCACCUCGGACAACCUCGUCCCGGGCAGGAUUCAGAUCGUCACGGAUUCUGCUUCUGUGGAGCGUUUGUUGGGGAAGGGAGACGUUCAGCGGCCCCAGGUGGUGGAGUACUGUGUGGUGUGCGGCGACAAAGCCUCUGGCCGUCACUAUGGUGCUGUCAGCUGUGAAGGCUGCAAAGGUUUCUUUAAGAGGAGCGUGAGGAAAAAUUUGACCUACAGCUGCCGGAGCAACCAAGACUGCAUCAUCAACAAACACCACCGGAACCGCUGUCAGUUCUGCCGGCUGAAAAAGUGCUUAGAGAUGGGCAUGAAAAUGGAAUCUGUACAGAGUGAACGGAAACCUUUUGAUGUGCAACGGGAGAAACCAAGCAAUUGUGCUGCUUCCACUGAGAAGAUCUAUAUCCGGAAGGAUCUAAGGAGUCCUCUAAUAGCUACUCCCACGUUUGUGGCAGAGAAAGAUGGAGCAAGACAAACAGGUCUUCUUGAUCCAGGAAUGCUUGUGAACAUCCAGCAGCCUUUGAUACGGGAGGAUGGUACUGUUCUGCUGGCCGCGGACUCCAAGGCUGAAACAAGCCAGGGAGCUUUGGGUACACUGGCAAAUGUGGUAACCUCCCUUGCCAACCUCAGUGAAUCUUUGAAUAAUGGUGACACUUCAGAAAUCCAGCCAGAGGACCAGUCUGCAAGUGAGAUUACUCGGGCAUUUGAUACCUUAGCUAAAGCACUUAACACCACAGACAGCUCCCCACCAAGCCUGGCUGAUGGGGUCGACGCCAGCGGGGGAGGGAGCAUCCACGUCAUCAGCAGAGACCAGUCCACCCCCAUCAUCGAGGUCGAGGGCCCCCUCCUCUCAGAUACGCAUGUCACAUUUAAGCUGACCAUGCCCAGCCCGAUGCCAGAGUACCUCAAUGUGCACUACAUCUGCGAGUCUGCGUCCCGCCUGCUCUUCCUCUCCAUGCACUGGGCGAGGUCCAUCCCGGCCUUCCAGGCCCUUGGACAGGACUGCAACACCAGCCUGGUGCGAGCCUGCUGGAAUGAGCUCUUCACCCUCGGCCUUGCCCAGUGUGCCCAGGUCAUGAGUCUCUCCACCAUCCUGGCCGCCAUCGUCAACCACCUGCAGAACAGCAUCCAGGAAGAUAAGCUUUCUGGGGACCGGAUCAAGCAAGUCAUGGAACACAUCUGGAAGCUGCAGGAAUUCUGCAACAGCAUGGCGAAGCUGGAUAUAGACGGCUACGAGUACGCAUACCUUAAAGCUAUAGUUCUCUUUAGCCCCGACCAUCCAGGUUUGACAGGCACAAGCCAGAUUGAAAAGUUCCAGGAAAAGGCACAGAUGGAGCUGCAGGACUACGUGCAGAAGACCUACUCAGAAGACACCUACCGACUGGCCCGGAUUCUCGUCCGCCUACCAGCACUCAGGCUCAUGAGCUCCAACAUAACAGAAGAACUGUUUUUUACUGGUCUCAUCGGCAACGUUUCAAUAGACAGCAUAAUCCCUUACAUCCUCAAGAUGGAGACGGCGGAGUAUAACGGCCAGAUCACCGGGGCCAGCCUAUAGUGCGCAUCACACCCGCUGCCCGGCGAGAGCCCGCCAGGCCCGUGCAGACACAGGGGAGUGAAGUAGGCCUGUCUUGGUAUGUGCAAAUAUUUCCAGGGUGUUCGCCUUCCUGCCUGGCUUCCUCUCACAUGUUAGUCCAAGACAAGUGACUAAGAGACUAGUAGGGUCCUUUCCGGCCACAAGAAAUGUUUUAAUGCCUUUUGAUGAACCAGAUUUUGAAACAAUCUUUUAACUCAAUUUGUAUUUAGAAAUUCUCAAAGGGCAAAAACAAAAAUGAAGUUUUAUAAUAUUAGAGACUAGUAUUAAAGCAAACUAAAGAACCUAAGAGAACAGUAUGUGUGUAAAUAUAUUUAAAAAAAUCUCCUUGGAAUUAAUAGCUACUAAUUACCAGGGUAAUAAUAUUAGCACUUUCUAAGCACUUCUUAUCAAAUUUUGUACUGUUAGCAGCAUCUUGCCAGUGGGCAGGGCAAAUGGAAAAUUCUAUGUCUUUUGCUGAAAUGCUGAUGAUUUCUGUGAAAACUUCCUAGGGGUCAGGAGACAAUCACUGCACCAGGAAGAGAAGGCCCAGUCGUGGCACUGCACUAAAUUCCCAUGAACAAAACAUAGGUGGCAGACACUGUCCCCGAGUGGGAGUGCGCUGGCAGUACCACAGUGUGGCCCAGCCAGGUGCCAGCCAGGGGGCGGGGUGCCCACUGGUCCUGGCCUGUGGGGGUCUGCGGACUCCUGUGGAACCUGGGCUUCUCUUGUGAUGGCCAUCUUACGGAAUUAGAUUGUAGCUGGUCAGACAAAGGGACGAAAGCACCUCCCAGGUCCCCCCAUGGCGCGUGGCAGCUGGACCCAGCUUUUGACCCAGAGUACAAAGUGAGCAUUGUGACCCUUGACCGCACUUCCUCCGUGCGCCCUGGGGCGGCUGCAUGCUGUCCAGCACUUGGCUUUCCACGUGGGCCCUGGGCAGCAGUCUGUCGGGCCAGUCAGACUGGCAUCUGGAUGGACCUCUGUUCACGUCUAGUGCAGCUGCUGUUGGCAGGACAGGCUCUCUUGGUUGUAAAUAUUCGGGUUUUCAGUGUCUGCAGACUCGCCAUCUCUACUGGCUGGCGGAGAGUGUCCUGGCAUGCUGUGCACUUUGCUUCUCCAGGUGUGUGCCACACCAACAAAGCACCCCAUAGUAUGCAGUUCAUGCCUAUAACCCCCCACAUUCUGGAGCCCGAGGCAGGACUGGGAAAUCCAAGGACAGCCUGGGCAACUUAGUGAGACCGCGUCUCACCUAAGAGCAGGGCAGCCCUGGGGUGUCGCUCAGCGGCACAUGUGUGGCCUUAGGCUCCACCCCCAUGAGUGGGGGAGAGAGGAAGCACUCAUUCCCGGGGGAUUCUUUCCCUUGUAAAUUAUAGCCACUGGAGUUUACAAAAUACCACAAUUUGGUUGUAAGGAAGUUAUGUGUAGGAUAUGUCAACAGCAAGGCUGCCUGUGAGAAGUAGGGCAGAUGCUGGAGACGGGGCAAGGCGCUUUGUAUUGCUUCCUGUUGAGGCAAGAUCAAGAACACCUGGCACAAGGUUGUUCGCGUCUGCUGAAUCCAGCUGGACGAUCUUGGGGCCCUCGGGGCGCCCCUGCCCGGCAGGCAGCCCUUCCUGCCCGCACUUACCCGUGCGUGCGCGGUGCAGGCUGUGGCUCACCGCUCACGCGAGCACAGCAACGACUGCAAAGUGACGGAAAGGAUUUAAUUUCCCAGUUCACCUUUCACUUUUCUAACCAUACCAUGCCAUGAACUUCGAAAUUAAGACAAAAAGCAUAUCCAGAACAGUGUGUUAGUGCAAGUCUCUUCAUCCCUGCUCGUGAAGGACUUGAUAGGUGGAAGGCAUCUUGAAUCAUUUAUACAUUUUAUAGUUGCCUGCUUUUCAUUUUUCCAAUUUUGGGGUACGAACAAGUCAACCCUCAUUGCUGUGGCAGGGCUCGGUGUCCUGUGCCACAGUGUGUUGAAGUAGUGAGCUUUGGUGAGGCACCAACAGGAAAAAGGCUCCAUUGGCUCAGUUGAUUUCUAUCCUAGUCCGGCUUCAGUCCCUUGGCCGGUCAUGGCCUGCUCUACAGCCCGAUGAAAGGUCUGCUCUCCCAGCUCUUGUCGGCCUUACUUUCAAGUGGCCUUUCCUUGAAGGAUCACGUGCAUAUUACCCACUUCUUGCUGCUGGGGGUCAUGUCUAGGCUUCGAGCGAAGGUCCAUUCCAUCUCUUGUGAGAACAGUUUAGGCCAAAGCCAAGAAUAGUUUCAAGAACUCUCAACCCUCUUUGGGCUCAGCCCUCAUAGGCCUUUCUCCUUGGUUGCAGCUUGUGAAACUGUGGUCUGAUGAGCUGAGGCUAGUCCCUCCUGCCCAGCUCCCGAGCGGCUUUGCCUUGGGGCCUGGCUGCUCCUGGUAGUGAAGGGACAUGGCUGACGCGGGACAGACACUUCCUAGGCAAGUGUGCUCUCGUCUAGACCUACCCCAGUCCUGCUGGGUUAGGACAGCUCUGUGUGGAAAGCGUGCUUGUUGUAAAGAGGGCAGAUGUACUAAAGACCAAAUGACCUAGGUUUAUAAAGAUGCCACCAUCUUCCCAAUUUGAAGUUUGUUGUGUAUUGGAGGAGUUGCCUGUGGCUGGCAGCGCCUUUACUGUUGUGGUUUGAAUACGGAAGUCCAGGUAUGCCCGUGUGCUGUUCGCUCUAGGAAUGCUUUCUAGCUUGUCAGGACACCAGCCAGGGUGGCAACACCAGUCGCUUUGGCUCCCAGGUGGGGCUGCAGAUUCCAGAGGUCACUCACUUUGGCAGUUGGGGGGACACCCAUGACAGUCUGAGAAUGAAGGGCUCACUGUAGCCUGCUUUUCCUGUGCGGGCAUUUCCUGUAGGCCAUCCUACAUGCGGGUCCCUUCAGCACCCCAGCUGCCCAUGCAGCUCUGGACAUGCCUUCUGGAGGGUGCGCGUGCUGCUUGCUGACUGCCCACUAUCGGUUCUUGGGUGCAGUGGAGGAGUGGCACUGAGACGCCCCCAAGUCGAGGCCAUCUGCUGCCACCCACUGUUCGGGAAAAGGAAGGAAGGAAGCAGGCGCGCACCUGGCUAAGGCACUCCACUGCCGGGGAGGCCCCGGCGCCCCCUCUCCCCAGCCUCUAGUCUGUUAUGUGAGCUUCAAAAAUGUCUUCACGUUGACAUGUUCGUUUUUUUUUGUUUUUUUUUUUUAAAAGACAACCUCUUCAUGAGAGAGAGGGUGGGGUCGGGUCUCUUGUACACAGGUUCUGGGCCUUCUUGUUAUGUGCCUCCUGCCAGUGUGCACUUCGCGUGCACAGACCUGGUCCCUAAAGCGGCAUUGCGCAUGUCCAGAGUUCCAGGCUGGAUGACUGAAUGAAUGUACAUGUGUUUAUAUCUUCUGUACAGUGUAUAUAGUAUGUAUAUAGGUGUAUAUUACAUAUACAGACAUGUAGCCACGUAUCCAAAUUUCAAUUAUGUUUAUGGGUAGCUACAAAAGCGGAUGUUCUGAGGUCCCCACAGGGGACACCAGCACAUCCAGCAGUCAGCAGAUCCUCUGGACAAGGAAGCUCUGAUAGGACGACAGUUCUGUUCUCCUGGCUCACCAGGCAAGAAAGCUGGAAGGGAGCCAGUUAAUCCUAAUUCAAUGCAUUUCAUGCAUCCGUUUAAGGUGUAGCGCUGUCCGCCUUCUCCAGUGCUGUGAACUGUUUGCAGGGUCUGGAGAUCCACAGCAGUUCCCAGCUGUCUCCAUGCUCACUCUGCUUAGUCAGCAAGACUGCGUUGUCUUGUGACCAGACUUCCCAGCUAACACCGGUAAAAAGAGGCAGCCUUCCCGCAGUCAAGCACGAGUGCCCGGGCUAACCUUUGUGGCAUAAAAGCUGCAGUUCUUAAAGUGCUUCUUUCUGAAAGUAUGUAAAUGAAAUCCACUAAACUAAAUUAGGGUUUAAAAUUUUUAGAUAAAAAUUACAUUUGAACACGGAUAUGCCCUUAAAACUACAGGUGCCAAAAAUUUCCUCAUCUACCAGGUGUAAAUCCCCACGGUAGGGGUUUAGGCUGACAGGGCUGAGACACGGGAGCCAGGGCCUGGCCUGCUGAGAGCCCUGCGGAACUUAACAUCACGUGCGGGCCGCUUUCUUUCUGAAACAAGCCCAGGCGUCAGGGCCUGCCUUCCGCGGCACGGGGCACUCAGCCGUCAGCCUUGCUUCUGCUCUACCCCUGGCCUUACUUCCAUGUGGUUGUCAGCAUACCUGUGACAAGCACACCACUGAAAGUGGCUCUCCAGUUAAAGAUCAACAGUCUCAUGCAUGGACGUUUCUUUUGAGAUAUUUUUCUUAGAAUAAUAACCGAAGAAUAAUUCAACCACAAGCUUAAAAUAUAAUUUGGGGGAAACAGAAAUGUCAGAUAUUUUUGGCUGGAUGUGUGCCUGUCAUCUUAGUUGUGGCAGGAAAGAUAAAUCUGAGGGUCACGGUCCAGACCAGACCAAAAAAGCAAGACCUUA